AUGCGUAGUGUGAUGCGGAACUGGAACGGAACGUCCCGGCGGCGGGCGCGGACGGUGCUCGCCGUCGCGGCGCUGUUCGGGCUCGCCGGCUGCACAUCGCUGAGCAAUAUGGGGCUGGACGAGGAUCUGGCGCCGUCCGCGCGUCCGGUCAUCGCCGACAAUGUGCGCUCCGGCCGGCUUGCCCGGAUCGGCGCUGCCCAGCAUCCGCGCAUCCUUGCCUCCUAUGGCGGCGAAUAUUCCGACAUGCGGCUCGAACGCAUGGUCGCCGGCAUCGUCGGUCGUCUGGUCACGGUCUCCGACAAUCCCAGCCAAGUCUAUCAGAUCUCGAUCCUCGAUUCGCCGGUGAUCAACGCCUUCGCGCUGCCGGGCGGCUAUCUUUAUGUCUCGCGCGGGCUGCUCGCCGUCGCCAACGAUUCGGCGGAACUUGCGGCCGUCAUCGCCCAUGAAAUGGCCCAUGUGACCGCAAACCACGGCGUCUUGCGUCAGCAGCGCGAAGCCGAGGCCGUCCUGGCGAGCCGCGUCGUUUCCGAGGUCCUGUCCGACAAGGCAGCCGGCCAGCGCGCGCUGGCGCGCGGCAAGGUGGCGCUGGCCCAGUUCUCGCGCAACCAGGAGCUGGAAGCGGAUGGCAUCGGCAUCGCGGCGAUGGGCGAAGCGGGCUUCGACCCCUAUGCGGCAGCCGAUUUCCAGGCCGCGAUGAGCGCGUUCAACGCCUUCAACAGCGGGACGGACGCACAGGUAAACAGCCUCGACUUCCUGUCGACCCACCCCUCGACGCCGCAGCGCGUGGCAUUGGCGCUCGGCCAUGCGCGCAAAUUCGGUGCGCGCGGAGUCGGCGACCGCAAUCGGCAGGCAUAUCUGGCGGGCAUUGACGGCAUGCUGUUCGGCGACAGCCCCGAUGAGGGUUAUGUGCGCGGCCGCACCUAUGCCCAUGCGGAUCUGGGCAUCGCGUUCGAGUUUCCGCCCGGUUUUGACAUCGAAAACCGGCCCGAGGCCGUGCUUGCGGCCCGCGCAAGCGACGGCGCCGGCAUCCGCUUUGACGGCGUCGAGGUGCCGCCGCGCCAGUCGCUGACCGACUAUCUCGCCAGCGGCUGGGUGGAGGGUCUUGAUCCGUCGACCGUUCGCGCCGUAUCGAUCAACGGUCUGGACGGCGCGGCCGCGCGCGCCCGUGUCGGCCGAUGGGAUUUCGACGUCACGGUGGUGCGGGGCGGCGGGCAGGUCUAUCGCAUCCUGGUGGCGGUGCCGGUCGGGUCGGGCGCGCUCGACGCGCUGGCGCAGAACAGCCGGACGGGCUUCCGGAUGCUGUCGGCCGCCGAAAAGGCCAGCCUCAAGCCGCUGCGCAUUCGCAUCGUCCGAGCCGGCAAUGGCGACACGGUGGAGAGCCUGUCGCAGACCAUGCUGGGCACGACCGACGGGCCGGGCUUCUUCCGCGUGCUGAACGGUCUCGAGCCGGGCGAGGCCAUCGUCGCCGGUCAGUACUACAAGACCGUCACCUACUAA